AUGCCUCCAUACGAGAAGAACCCCCUUCCCUAUAUCCGCCGCUACAUCACCACCCACAACACCGAGGGUGAGUCAAUAUUUCUUUCCCAUGCGCAAGUUCCCGACUACCUCCCGUCCACACCGACUGGGGAAGAUGGCGAGAUUGCCCUACUAUACGCUACGACCAAUAUGCCAGCCUCGGUUGAUGCUGAGGCGGACGUUGCCCAGUAUGACGAGUUCCUUCAUCAACCUCCUGGAAUCACAGUCGACAACGGAACCCUGUUCCGCUUGAUAGAUCUCCGUCCGGGAAAGGCGACACCAAUGCAUCGGACAGUGAGUGUCGACUAUGGAGUAAUUAUUGAGGGGGACGUUGAUCUCGUACUGGAUUCAGGUGCGAGUCGGCACAUGCAUCGUGGCGAUGUUAGUGUGCAAAGGGGUACUGCACAUUCGUUCCGAAACCGGAGUGACACAGAUUGGUGUCGCAUGUUGUUUGUAUAUCUACCAAUGGAUAAGUUGAAUAUCCAAGGGAAGGAGCUCAAGGCGGAGGUAUACGAUGAGGGCUUUGACAAUCCGGACGACGGGGAAGGCGAUCAGGGGGAUUCAAAUGAGGCCAAGUGA